AUAUAUGAUAUUGAUUUUGUUUUUCAAAAUGAUUCAUACAUAAUCGAGGACAAGGGUAGAACGCAAAGAAGGGAAGCAGAGAGGGGCAUAUAGGGAAAGAGGGAAGAACAAGACUCUAACGUAAGACCAACCAGGCUCGUAAUCGAACUGUGGAACUGGAACGUAGUAGGGCGGUGAAUGUAUUGUUUUCAUUUUGACUUUUAUUUAUAUUUCAUAAUUUUCAUUAUUCAUUAUAUUCUUCGUCUGUUUCUUCGGCUUCCUUUGUUGAAUCGACAACACCAAACCCAAACAGAACCUUACGGAACCAAUUUUUCAAUCUUCACUUUCCAUUUUUUCUCCCCUGUUUUUGGUGAUUUGGUCGGUUUCCAAACCCCAUUAAAGUUCUUCAUCCGUUUCGAACCUAACUCACGUUUCCUCAAUUUCCCCUUAUCCCAUUGCACAUCACCUUCAAAAUUAUCUCUUUCAUGUUUCUUCAAACUUUUCUCCUCUGUGAAUCAAUUUUUAGUGUUUUGAAGGUGUUUGCUGAAAGUACUGUUCCAGGAUCAUCUUCCAAAGGUUCAAAUUUUAAGAAUUUUUUGCAUCCGUUGAUAGGUAGAAAACUGCACUGGGAAUGAUGGUAUCAAGAUCCUGCAUAAGUUUGUUGGAUUUGGCAUCCGGGGAUAUGUUGAAUUUCCCUCAGACUCCUACAAAACUUCCGCGAGUUUUAACUGUUCCUGGUAUUAUUGCUGAUGAAGAUGGUGGACUCCAUGAUGGAGAUACUGAUGUUCACUCAUCUCAAUCCCAGGAAAAGAAAAUCAUAGUGGCAAAUUUUUUACCAUUACAUGCUCAAAAAGACUUGGAAUCUGGUAGAUGGACCUUUAGUUUUGAUGAGGAUUCACUUCAAUUACAAUUGAAGGAUGGGUUCUCUUCUGAUGCUAGUGUUGUUUAUGUUGGGUCUCUGAAGGUUGAUGUCGAUUCAAGUGAACAAGAAGAGGUUUCUCGAAAACUGCUGGAGGAGUUUAAUUGUGUGCCCACAUUUCUUACUCCUGAACUUCAGAACAAGUUCUACCAUGGGUUCUGUAAGCAACACUUAUGGCCCCUUUUCCAUUAUAUGCUACCUAUAUGUCCUGAUUAUGGAAAUCGCUUUGAUAGAUCACUUUGGCAAGCUUAUCUUUCUGCUAAUAAGAUAUUUGCUGAUAAGGUCAUGGAGGUAAUAAAUCCUGAAGAUGAUUACGUGUGGGUUCAUGAUUAUCACCUUAUGGUUCUCCCCACAUUUCUGAGGAAACGUUUCAAUCGAGUCAAGUUGGGCUUUUUCCUCCAUAGUCCAUUCCCUUCAUCAGAAAUAUAUCGGACUCUUCCUGUCAGGGAUGAAAUAUUAAGAGCACUUCUUAAUGCAGACUUGAUAGGUUUUCAUACUUUUGAUUAUGCUCGUCAUUUUCUCUCAUGUUGUAGCAGAAUGCUUGGUCUGGACUAUGAGUCCAAGAGGGGAUACAUUGGACUUGAUUAUUUUGGUCGCACAGUCUACAUUAAAAUUUUGCCUGUGGGAGUUCAUAUGGGCCGACUCCAAUAUGCAUUGGGUCACCCCUCUUCUUCUACUAAAAUCAAAGAAAUUCAGGAGCAGUUUAAGGGUAAAACGGUUAUUGUUGGUGUUGAUGACAUGGACAUAUUCAAAGGCAUUAGUCUAAAGAUAUCAGCUUUGGAACAGCUUUUGCAGCAGCGUCCAGGGUUGCGGGGCAAACUGGUACUGGUUCAAAUCAUAAAUCCUGCCAGGAGCACUGGGAAAGAUGUUCAGGAAGCAAAGAGGGAAACAUAUGAGAGUACAAGAAGGGUAAAUGAUACUUUUGGUUUUCCAGGUUAUGAACCGGUGAUCCUGAUUGAUCGUCCUGUCUCUUUCUAUGAAAAGGCUGCCUAUUAUGCUUUGGCAGAAUGUUGCAUUGUAAAUGCAGUGAGGGAUGGGAUGAAUCUAGUCCCAUACAAGUACAUUGUCUGUAGGCAUGGGGCACCCAAAAUGGAUGAAGCUUUGAAGAUAGCCUCUGGGUCUCCUCGUUCAAGCAUGCUUGUUGUUUCAGAAUUUAUAGGUUGUUCUCCAUCUCUAAGUGGAGCAAUCAGGGUUAAUCCCUGGGACAUUGAUGCUGUAGCUAAUGCAUUGAAUAUUGCCAUCUCAAUGCCAGACUUAGAGAAGCAGUUGCGGCAUGAGAAGCACUAUCGCUAUGUUAGUUCUCAUGAUGUUGCUUACUGGGCUCAAAGUUUUAUGCAGGAUUUGGAGAGGGCAUGUAGGGAUCACUACAGUAAACGCUGCUGGGGUAUUGGUUUUGGUAUGAGUUUUCGGAUAUUGGCUCUUUCUCCAAGUUUCAGGAAGCUCUCCAUAGACCUUCUUAUCUCAGCUUAUAAGAAGACAUCUAGAAGGGCAAUAUUUUUGGAUUAUGAUGGGACGGUGGUGCCCCAAAUGUCUAUUGUUAAAAGCCCGAGUCCUGAAGUUAUCUCAGUGCUUAACAAUCUAUGUAGUGACCCUCAGAACACUGUCUUUAUAGUUAGUGGUAGGGGGAAAAACUCUCUGAGUGACUGGUUUGCUCAAAUUGAGAAUCUAGGCAUUGCAGCUGAGCACGGAUACUUCGUAAGGUGGAGUAGCAAGUCUAAUUGGGAAACCAGUCCAGUGGCUUCAGAUUUUGACUGGAAAAGAAUGGCUGAACCGGUGAUGAAAUUAUAUACAGAGGCAACUGAUGGGUCCUAUAUAGAGACCAAGGAGAGUGCCUUAGUAUGGCACCAUCAAGAUGCUGACCCCAAUUUUGGAUCUUGUCAAGCAAAGGAGCUCUUAGAUCAUCUUGAAAAUGUUCUUGCCAAUGAGCCUGUUGUUGUAAAGAGAGGGCAGCAAAUAGUUGAAGUCAAACCACAGGGAAUUACCAAAGGCUUGGUUGCAGAGAAAGUUCUUUCGACAAUGAUCAUUGAAGGGAAACUUCCCGAUUUUGUUUUGUGCAUUGGUGAUGAUAGAUCCGAUGAAGACAUGUUUGAAAGCAUAUUAAACACUGCUUAUAGUUCCUCUGUCUCUUCUGCUCCUGAAAUUUUUGCCUGCACAGUUGGCCAAAAGCCUAGCAAAGCUAGGUAUUAUCUGGAUGAUACUGCUGAUGUGUUGACAUUACUUCAAGGCUUAGCUGGUGCAUCAAGUCUGAAGUCAAGGUCUUGUGCAGAACCUGAAGUUGCAUUCGAAAAUAUUGUUUGAAUGUUUACCUUAGUGUUUCCUUGUGAAUGAAAUUAGCUUGGUGGUUCUAGUUGGUUGGUUGGUUAGGAUGCGGAUGUGCUGAACUUGAUGACUUCUGGUAUAACAGAUAGUGGAUAAUUUCAUCUUUUUCUAGAUUGUUGGAUAGUAGGUAGAAGGUGCUGGCUGGUGGAAAUAGUUUCUAAUUUCACAGGGGAUACCAUUUCAACAUACAGAAAUAGAUCAUAGAUGUUCCCAUAGGUAGUAUUGCUGACAUGAGGGCAUCAAUGGCUUGUGUACAAAUACAGGUUUUACAGUUUUAGUCAUUACAUGAAAUGCAUUUCUGAUUUUUAUGCAUAUUUGUUUUUGUG